AUGCAGUCACAAGGUACACUCUUCUCUCUAGCCGUCCGUUCUUGCAAGAAUUGGGCAUGUUUAAACCUCCGGGGCCCGAAAUUUUCAAACUCCAGGCUAGCUGCAUCAGGCCAAACCCGCACAAUAUCGACAGCCCCGAUAAACUCUGGAGAAUAUAUCGGCGAGUCUGGCCGGAAUUACAAGAUUGAACGGACUCUCCAGGAGGAGACAUUCCCUCCACGCCGGGUUUGCCUUGCUAAUGCUGCCAGUGACAAGUUCAUCCUAAAGUACAUCCAUCCAGUUAACUUCAGUAACCUUCGGGAACUAAACUGUAAACUACUUGGUACUGGCCAUGUCCGUCUCCCACAAGACAUACUCCCAGAGAAAUCAAUGUUCGUUUUUGAGUAUUUCACUGGCCAUCUCUUACGACUUGCUCAGAAUGAUCUGCCUCUACAAGUCACCAAAAGGAUUCUUAAAGAUGCCCUGCGUGGGCUAGCGGAGCUCCAUAACAGGGAUAUUGUCCAUACGGAUAUCAAGGCAGAUAACAUAUUCAUCGACUGGAAAGGCGAUGGCAAAGAUAUCAACGUGGAGCGAGUUCAGCUGGGAGACCUUGAAGAUGCUGCUUACAUUCCUCCCGGGUCAGCGAUGAUUGGAAAGCAAGCAGGAAACGAGAUGUGGAGGAGUCCCGAAGCCCAUGCAUCAGGGCCUGUGAAUAAACCAUCUGACAUCUUCUCUUUUGCUCUUGUCUGCAUUUAUGCAGUACACAAACGGGUCAUCUUUGCGGUUGGGGAGGAGGAGUUGGAGGAAAGGAUAAACCCGUUGUCUAUUAUAAUAGAACGGCAAAUUUCAUACUUUGCAAAUGAAGAUGGCAUAGAUGGGCUUGUCAAAUACCUAGGAGACAGUCCUUGGGUCCACAUUUUCCAAGUCAUCCGAGAUGGCUUCAACAGCGACAACCCACGGAGGCCGUUUGCUCUUUGGAAGGAUGUUGAUGGGGAGUUUAAGAGCCUUAUUUGUGCCAUGACCAAUUUAGAUCCAGAGAAGAGAAUCACUGUCGAUGAAGCGCUGGCACACAAGUGGUUUGAAGGAGUUUAA